UUUUGCCAAUUUUUACCAUCACUGCUACAGUGUAAAUCUAAAAAGACUAGAUUUUUUUCUUUGUCUUAAUGAGAGUCUCAACUGUACAAAGAAGAAACUCCAUUAAAAUAACCCACAGCAACAUAAGACAUCAUUGCUUGAGAACUUUACAGAGGAGAGAAGAACAAAAAGAGAAAAAUGGAAAGAAGAGAAAAUAGUUUAAAGUCAGCAGCAAAAAAGAAGGAAGCUUUGAGAGUAAAGUUGAAACAAGAGGUUUAUCAACAACAGAGAAGUGGUGGUGGUGGUGGUGGUAUUGGUGGUGGACCUUGUACUACUCCAUCACCCACAUGGAAAUUUGCUAUUGAUGAUGAUAAUGAUGUGAAAGGAAGCAGCAGCAGCUCCAUUAUUUCUUCUAAUACUAGUACCGCUGAUCAUAUUUCUGCAAGGAAACUUGGUGCAGACCUUUGGGAGUUGAAUCAAAUCACAUUUGGUCAAAGAAUGGGGAAAGGAAAUGGUUUUAAGCAACAACAGCAGCUGCACCACCAUAAAGAAAAGAUUGAACCUCCUCACCAGCUCAGGAACCAUGGCCAUGGUGUUAAUCCUGCUUCUAAUCAACUCCACCAGGAGCCAGAACGCCCAAGUAAUUUGAGGAGGCUUGUUGAAUCAACAUUAAUGAAACACUGUCGAUCUACCACAGGGAAUGCUAGUGCCCUCCCACCUCUUUCACCAAUGAGUUUUAGUAGUUCAAUGGAGGUGACGACUUAUAACCCGGCCAUUACCACUCCUAGUAGUUCUGUGGCUCCUAGGGGUAAGGAUGGAGCAUCUGGUUACUCUCUUAAAACAUCUACAGAGCUAUUAAAGGUGUUGAAUAGGAUUUGGAGCCUCGAAGAACAGCACACAGUGAAUACGUCAAUUGUGAAAUCAUUGAAACUGGAGCUGGAACAAGCUCGAUCUCGCAUCAGGGAGCUGGUUCGAGUGAGACAGGCAGACCGCCGCGAAGUAGAUGAGUUAGUUAAGCAAGUAACUGAAGAAAAACUCGUACGGAAGAACAAGGAACAAGGCCGCAUAAAAAAUGCGGUUCAGUCCGUGAGAGAUGAACUCGAGGCUGAGAGGAAGUUACGGAAGAGAUCAGAAAGCCUGCACAGGAAGCUGGCUCGAGAGCUGACAGAGGUGAAAUCUUCCUUAUCAACAGCACUGAAAGAUUUACAAAGAGAACGUAAUGUACAGGUGUUAUUGGAACAGCUAUGUGAUGAGUUUGCGAAAGGAAUAGGAGACUAUGAUCAAGAGGUGAGGACUCUAAAGAAAAAGCUUGAGAAAGAUGACAGUGACAAUGAUCUUUCGGAUAAGAAUGAUGACAGCGAGGAUGCUAAUGAUCGUCUAAUACUUCAUGUUUCCGAAGCAUGGCUUGAUGAACGUAUGCAGAUGAAGCUUGCAGAUUCUCAAUCUGACUUUGCACAAAGGAAUACAAUAGUGGAGAAGUUAAGUUCAGAAAUUCAGACUUUUCUUCAGGCCAAAAACUCUGGUUCUGUGAAAAAUGAUAUCCAUCUCCCAAAGAAUAUGGUAAAGGAAAACCGAUUACGCCGACUUUCUCAAGACUCGGUUCAUUUGCCUGUAAGUGCACCUAAGGAUGUCAGUUGUGAAGAGGUGGAUUCUGCAAGUAGUGAUUCCCAGUGUUUUGAGAUAAAUAACAGCAAGUGCGGCAAAGCAAUUAACAGCAGGGAAACAUUGGAAGAAAAUUUAGUGGAAAAGAGGAAAUCUAACCUGACAAAGAAAAAACUUGUUACCCAUGAAAGGACCUACAGCCAUAACCAGUACAACAUGAAAGAGUUUGAAGAGCAAAUGGGGUGGGCUAGCUCAUGCAACGGAAACAAUAACCGGGAACAUGAUGAUGAUAAAGUAGGAAAUGGGGAAACUAGUCCUGUUGAAAUAAGCAUUUCUCAAAACUUUGAAAUUUCUGAGGUCACGCGUACACCGGUUAACAGCCAUGAAAGGAAAGGUAAACGAAAUGAGACGCAAGGAUUAAACACGAAUGCUGCACUGAAUAGCUUAAUUAGAAACAAGAUACUUUUGUCAGAUGCAAGGAAUGUACGUCCUGAAAAUCAUGGCAAGGAAGAAGUAGAAGAUUCAUACAGCUACCCAGUGUGGAGGGGUCAUGCCAGUCCUGUGCAACCAUGGGUAACUAGAUUGGAUUCACCUGAUAUGGGCAUAACUGAAUCCUCUUCAAAAUGGGCAAGCAACAACGUAAAGGAGAGUACAUUGAAAGCGAGAUUACUUGAAGCAAGAUUAGAAGGUCAGCAUUCUCGUCUAAAAGGUUCAAAGGCUCAGAAUUUAAGUUAAUGAUCUGUGUUUCUACUUGCUUGAAAUCCAUCUUUUGAAUGGUAGUAUCGUCUAUAAGAUACGUCUCCAGAACUUUUUUGCAUGUGGCAGCAACAAUCACUUCCUCUGCACAUCUGAACGACAUCGGAAUUGUAAUGGGCAUACAGGCUGUCACUAUUGAAAUGAACGGAUGCAAAAUUAUGUAUAAAAAUCCCACUACUUUUUUGCUCAAAUGUAAUAUUGUUAGAAUAGAAACUCACUCAGCUGUAACUCUCUGAAAACCAGUUUCAAUUCAGGACCAAAUAGGAAUAUCCUAGUACUGUCAAAAUAUACUACCUAUGUUUCAGGCAUCACUUUUCCAAUAUGACCUGAAAAAAAUAAAAUAAUGAAAAUAUCAC